AUGUACUUGAAGAAGGGGAAUUAUGGACGUGCGAUGCCAUUGAUCGAGCGUGCAAAGAACCUAGCCCCCAAGGACAAACAAUGUCCUUUGCUGGUGACGAUCUUGCUCAUAUUUGGGUGGAGUUUCAAUGAGCUCGACAUUGUUGCCCAGCAACGUCUAUGUGAAACUCUCUAUGCUGAAGGACGCGCAACCGAAGCCGUGGAUAUUCUCCUCAACAUCAUCAGGACAUCGGAUGAAGAAAUCCUGAGGAGCAAGGCAAAUUCGGACUGGCUCGCAGGCAUGUCUUAUUUCACCCAAAAAUGCGCUACCACACUUGAGCAUGUUGGCGGUGAAGCCUUCGGAUCUGAAAAACAUGACAGCGCAUUAAUGCAGUACUCCACUGCGUUUCUCCCUCAAUCCUCCAAGUCCCGCAGAGCCCGAAUAGCCAGAGGUUUAUGGGAGGAUGCACUGCGGGAUGCGAACGAUGCGGUGAAAGUGGACCCUUCCUGCCCUUGGGGCUACGAGGCCAAGCAUAUGGCACUUCAUGGAGCAAAACGGUAUGACGAAGCGAUCGAUGCUUUCAAGUCUAUGCUGCACGUAAUCGAACAAUCCUGUGACCCUGCAAUCAGGCAACUGCGCAAGAACUACAUUUCUCCAUCCAAGACGAUUGUAGCUAUUGAUACCAUCAUCCUUGGGGUCCUUAAAGAUGGUCCCCUUGUCGUCCUCGAUGUCACCACUGGUUGCCUUUGCGAUGGUCCUGAGCGGAAGCGUAUCUUCAAGGCUGAUCCAUUGUACAAAGAGCUUGUUUCAUCUAUGACGACAGAAGUGGACGAUGGGCGGAUCCUACCGGCGGUUUCAAGCUUUUUCGGAUAUGUCAUGUUCUCACAUGCAUGGCAAGGGAAGGAGCCGUUAUUCCAGGAUGUUAACAUAGUCGGAUCCAUGUGGAACCUCCCCGACACGCCCCUAAAUGAGAAGUUGCGCAAUUUCUGCAAGGAGGCGCGCAGCCUUGGUUACAAUUGGGCAUGGUCAGAUACAUGUUGUAUCGACAAGUCCACGAGCUCCAUCCUUAACCAAUCUCUUACAUCUAUGUACAAAUGGUAUGCGAAUUCGGCAGCCACACUCGUAUUUCUUGCUGGCGUAGCGCAUCCAUCCCAUCCCGGAGACCUUGCGCGUAGUUUAUGGAUGACACGCGCGUGGACUUUACAAGAGCUUCUCUCGCCGAAGUACAUCUUUUUCUACGAUUCCGAGUGGAAGCCAUACCUCGGCAUUACUGGCGUGAACCACAAGGAAUCCUCGGAGAUCAUGCAAGAGCUAGCAGACGCUAUCAAGGUUCCCCGUGGAACCAUCGUCAAAUUCUCUCCAGACGAUCUCAAGGUGCGCGAGAAACUUCGUCUUGCUUCGACGCGCGAUGCAACGGUCGAGGAAGACAUCGCAUACUCUCUGAUCGGCAUAUUCAAGUCUGAUAUCAAGCCCUACUACGGUGAAGGAGUCGACGCUCUCGGACAUCUCUUGGAGGAGAUUGUAGCCCGUUCCGGCGAGGUCACUGUGCUCGCGUGGUCAGGGAAAUCAUCGUCAUACAACAGUUGCCUCCCAGUUUCCCUUUCUGUUUACAACAAAACUCCUCACAGCCCUCCACCACUGGAAGGGGAGGAAAUGGAAAGGUGCAUCAAGAUGUUACGCGACAAGUUGUCACGGAAAGAAGCGCGGAUUAUAUAUAAUAAGGUCAACCGUCUUCCUCCUGCUCGUUUUGCAUCCCGCCGUCUGCACCUUCCAUGCAUCGUCUUCUCUGUGAGAACUCUCGAGAAACCAUGCAAAGGCGAUGAGAGGUUAUAUCGUGCUAUGGUAUCGGGACUUGGCCAAGUGGAGUUUACGACCGCAGACCAACUCUCGCUAAACAGGUCACAGAGAUUCGUCUUCGUGAAUCCGUGGAUUCAUCAUAUCCGAGGUCCGAGUGGUGGGGUUACCUGGGGAGAUGACUCGGAGUCUGAUACUGACUAUGACGAAGUCGCGACAUCACCCGCUGUCCCCGCGUCUCAGGUUGAUAACUAUACCCGGGCUCUAGAAAUGAUUGCCCGCCUCGGACGUUCGUUCAACGCGCUGCUCCUCGCACAGCAGCUGAAUGGAGAGUACAAGAGGGUCGCUGCAGAGAACGAGAUCGUCGUCGCAGGACUCGGAACGAACAUCACCCCCAAGAACAUCCACGCAAGAAUACUAGACAUUCUUUGACGCGAGUGUGGCAUAGCUGCUGAUUUUUCAAGUUCGAUCUGUCUUCCGACGUUUAUUGGUCCUUUUUCUUCCUUGUUUUUUCCUGCUGCCCUCGUUGGUUUGCUUGUUACAUGGAGAUGAAGACGGAAUCUCAAGAGAGUUGUUUGAUCAUAGUCAUGGACUACAAACGAUGUGGGCUGAUCAACAAGACGAGAAAUGCUGAGUAGUACAUGCACGGGUGUUCACCCUUACCAUAACUUCCCCUAUCCGCAAGAUCUUCAGACCGAGAGGUGAUACUACCCGUUGAACCACAACUUCCAUGAUUUCAGUCGUCAUCCUCCACCAUACCCCUCCUGCAUACGUCGUUCAGCUGGGAGUACCAUCUUCCACGCUUCCACCGGCCACCCUUCGACGAUUGUCAAUAAGUAAAGCUCACAUCACAUGUACCCCAGUAGUUAUCUUCCUUCAAGUUUCUAUCAUCCAUCUAGGGGUUCCUCCAAGCUACGAUGACAUCCA